GUAUGUUUUAGGGCCUUGGUGGCCUUGGUGGUAUUGGACAUCGGACAAAGUAAAGAAAAACAAUGGCAGCCAAAAGCAAUGCAUAUAUGGGAAGCACAACAUCUUUGAAACAAAUAGACAAGUCUGAAAAGUGGCUGGACGCUCUCAGUGAUCCACUGACGUCUCUGUACACAUUCAACUCAUCGAUAGCACUGUCCGACCUAAAUGGGGACGGAGACUCCAAGCUGAUUGUGGCAGACCUGGGCACUGGCACCUACCAGAUGAAACUGAAGGUGUUUCGCGGCACCUCGCUGAUGUCGGAGAACACGCUGCUGGACCUGCCGACCGGCGUCGUCACCUUCCACAUGGACACCACGGAGCCGCGCGUACCGGCCAUCGCCGUCGCCUCGGGCGCCUACAUCUACAUCUACAAGAACCUGCGGCCCUACUUCAAAUUCACGCUGCCCACGCUCGAGGUCAACCCGUCAGAGUUCGACCUCUGGACCCAGGCUCGUGACGACCUGAUCGACCACGCGACCCUGUACGACACCCUGGACCUGCUUCGGAAGGACGUGGGUGCCCACUGUCUCACCACGCGCACCCAGCACCUGCUCAUGUGCCGCACACCAGAGGAGCGACAGACCUUCAUCGACGCGCACAAGUACUUCAUCGUCAAGAAGCGGACGGUGAUCACCUGCAUCACGACCAUGAAGAAGAACAUGGCGGAAGAGGACGCCGUCAGCUGUCUGGUGCUGGGCACGGAGAGCUGCCAGGUGUACGUCCUAGACCCGGAGGCCUUCACCCUGCUGAUGAACCUGCACCUGCCCAGCGUGCCCAGUAUUCUGACCGUGACGGGCAUGUUUGAUGUGGAGUACCGCAUGCUGAUCGCGUGCAGAAACGGGAAGAUUUACACUGCCAAGCGCGGCAUGGAGGAGGGCCGACUGACUGCUGAGCUCUCCUCUCAGCCGGUGGGCCUGGAGCGGCGCGAAAAGUCCUUCCUGGUCGGCUGUAUGGACGACAACGUCUACUGCUUCUCCAACCACGGCAAGCUGCUGUGGCGCCUGCGUCUGGGCGCCAGUCUGCUCUGUAUGACCACCAUGGAGCUGGCCAGCCACGCGCAGAAGCUGCUCCUCGUCUCGCUGUCAAAUGGCGAGAUACGCACCUACCAGGACCGCCAGAUGGUGGACUCGUUUCAGCUGGAACACGCCGCCAACGCGCUGAGAUUUGGACGGUUCGGCCGCGAGGAGAAUGUACUGCUCAUCGUGGAUCAAGCCGGCGGCCUACAGGUGAAAAUCCUCCGACGCCGGGCCAAGUUUGAGCCCAUGGAGACGGCCAGUGCCCUGACAGCUGGCAAGGAACUUAAACUCAACAUUCCCAAAAAGACAAAGCUGUUUGUCGACCAAACGAUGAGAGAACGGGAGAAUUCACAAUCGAUGCACCGCAUCUUCCAGUACAACCUGUACCUGCUGCGACUGGAGGCCGCUCGACAGUACGUCAAGUCGCUGCAGAUGAGCCUGACGCCCGUCACCACUGAGGAGCAGCCCGUCCGAUUGGCGGCGCAGGUGCUGGGACUGGGCCCGAUGUUCAAGAUCCGCGUGGAGCUGCAGAACACCUCUGCUCUGAAGAUCGUCCAGGACUUGGGCAUCCGCGUGCACGCCGACGAAAAGCUCUACCAGGUGCAGCGGCGAUUCAUGCACGCACCGAUUCUGAUCCCGGGCGUGACGUACGUGUACGACACGCUGGUGGAGUUCGUCUCCGAUCUGGGCAUCUCCGACCAGGUGCGCGUCUUCAUCACGCGCGGCACACAGUCGCGACCCAUCCUCUCGGCCGUCAUCAACAUGCCCGUGGCCGAGGUGGCCGUCUCCGCCUAGACUGCCACCUAGCGGGGAGAUUUGGCGACAGCGAUCGGGACGACAUCUAUCGGAGAAGUCUGGUACUAGGGUGGAGCACCGUCGCGAGGGACGAUGAAAGAAUGCGUGAUAUUUAUGUUGUUUUGUCUCAGAUGAUCAUACCUCACCAGAAAGUCAUAUUUAUUUUUCAUUGUAAAACGCUUAUUGUGUUUGCCUGCAUUAUG